AGCCUUUUGAACUUGAUCAAAGUUGAACUUGAAUCAGUUCUGAUCAGAACGUAGUGACAGCUGGACAGUCGUAAGGGUUUUCCGCCAACCGAGUGUCGAGAAAAUGAGAGUCAUCUGUUGGUGGAUCUUUUUCGCUUUCAUAUUUCGAGUGAAUGGUGUAUCUAUGGCGGAUGAAAAAAGCGCGAAUGAUAUCGCGUUGGAGAAAGAUGACGGUUGGUUUAAAAUUGAUGACGAAGAUGGUAAUUUGACGGUUCCCCAAUUAAUAACCAAGUAUGGCUACAAGAUGGAAUCCCACGUUGUGGAAACAGUUGACGGAUAUCUACUCACGAUGUUUCGAAUUUUGCCACGACGUUCGCAGAAACUGAUAAAAUUUCCCGUUCUGAUAAUACACGGUCUGCUGGCUAGCUCAGCCGACUUUGUGAUCAGUGGUCCGAACAAUGGCUUAGCUUACCUACUUGCCGAUGAUGGUUACGAUGUUUGGUUGGGAAACGUACGUGGUACACGCUACUCGAAGGGUCACUCUUCGUUGUCGACCCGAUCGAAGGAAUACUGGGAUUUUACCUGGCACGAGAUGGGUUACUAUGAUUUACCUGCCAUGAUCGAUCGAGUGUUGAAUACGACCGGCUCGAUGAAAAUGCACUACAUAGGACACUCACAGGGAACUACCGUUUACUUCGCCAUGAGCACCAGUCGGCCAGAGUACAACGAGAAGGUGGUUCUCAUGACGGCUCUAUCGCCAGCGGUAAUACUCAAUCGCAUACGCAGUCCAGUUCUGCGACUGUUGAUGCACGUUGCAGAACCAUUGAACGAAACGCUAGAAAAUCUGAAAGUGUAUGAACUUCUCCCAUACAACUCCAACAAUAUCCGUAUCGCACGAUUCAUCUGCCCAAAAGAGAAGAAAAACAACAUUUGCUCUCAGUUUGUUGGCCUGAUAACAGGACCUCAUCCGGAAAUGUAUGACCAGAAGCUAGGACUCAUUUACAUUGGCCAUAGUCCUUCGGGCGCGUCCACCAAGCAGCUGGGGCACUUCGUUCAGGUCGUUCGGAGUGGACUGUUCCGACAGUACGACUACGGCAAAGAGGGAAACCUCCGAAGCUACGGCAGCGAACAGCCACCGAUGUACAAUUUGUCCGCCUCAUCCGCUCCGGUCCAAAUUUUCUACGGUCUGAAUGAUUGGAUAGUGCACCCGCGGGAUGUUCAGCAGUUUGCACAAAUGCUGCCCCGUCUGGUCUCGGCAACCCAGGUAGAAGAUAAAAAAUUCAAUCAUCUCGAUUUCACCCUGGCAAAAAACGCCCGCUCCCAGGUGUACGAUAAGCUAAUGUUGGUGCUUGAGGAAUACAAUAAUUACAACAAUUGAUCUAA